UCUACAUGCAAUAGCUCUAAUUUGUUAAAAAUGGAGAAAGCAAACACCAAGGCUAGUCCUAAGUCUGUGAAGAGUACUAGUCCUUCACACUCUGCUGUGAGUUCUUGGAGCUCAAAUUCUGGAGUAAUGGCUUCGUAUCAGAGCAAGUCUCCUACGAGAGAAAAUACCAAGCCGCAAGAUGUUAAACUUCACACUCAAGAAAGGGCAACAAAACGGGCAAUGUUCAACUACACAGUUGCAGCAAAGCUGAGCAUCUUGGAGCAGCGGAGAAAGCAAGAGGAGAUGUUGCAUAAGAUGAUAGAAGAAGAAGAGAUUCGCUUGCUAAGAAAGGAGAUGAUUCCAAGGGCUCAACUGAUGCCGUAUUUUGAUAGACCUUUCAUUCCUCAGAGAUCAAGCAGGCCUUUGACAAUUCCUAAAGAACCAAGCUUUCGCAUGAUGAGCAACAAGUGCUUCAGUAAUAUAUCUGGUACCCCAGUCUACAGUUUCCAACAGACUACUUAAGUCCCCCAUCAAGUAACUAUAUUAUCGCCAUCACCGUGAUCACCAACAAGGCCGAUUCCAAUCUAGAGUGAACUCCUCGCUGAUGCUGCGAGCCUCAUGCUUGUUCCACUUAAAUUCUAGAUCCAAAUUUCUUCUUGUUUGUCGAUCCAUUUUUAGUCGCAGAUAUAAUUGGAUAGCAGCUGUAAUUUAGUUGACCCUGAGGGGAAUUUCAUGCUAGUAUCCUUCAGACUGAAGAAUAAAGUACGUAGAGAUUUGGUUUCUCUCAAGUGCAAAUCCAUGUAAUUAGUUAAUUCUCUACAUGUAUCAAAGCUCAUAUCGAGUCUUGAGAUGUACGUGCGUGCAUCCUGCCUUUGAAAAAUCGAUCAGUUUGCUAGGGACUUAGGGUACGGUUAAGUAAAUUUAAAGUUCAUUUGGUUGUUGUAAGUAUUGGUAUCACAUAUGA